GCGGCCGCGAGCCGCGUGCGCGCUGCCCUGCGCCCGCCCGCGCCGAGAUCGCUCCGGCCAUGAAAAUCUGGAGCUCGGAGCACGUCUUCGGGCACCCCUGGGAUACAGUGAUCAAAGCUGCUAUGAGGAAGUACCCCAACCCGAUGAAUCCAUGUGUGGUAGGAGUAGAUGUCCUUGACAGAAGCCUUGACAACCAGGGGAGGUUGCACAGUCACCGUCUCCUCAGCACAGAGUGGGGAUUGCCGAGCAUUGUAAAAGCGAUUUUAGGAACAAGUAGAACUCUGACUUACAUUGAAGAACAUUCUGUGGUAGAUCCGGUAGAAAAAAAGAUGGAGCUUUGCUCAACUAAUAUUACUCUCACAAACUUGGUGUCUGUUGAUGAGAGACUGGUUUACACGCCUCAUCCUGAGAACCCUGAAAAAACUGUGCUAACUCAAGAGGCAAUUAUUACUGUCAAAGGCAUUAGCUUGAGCAGUUAUUUGGAAAGCUUAAUGGCAAACACAAUAUCUUCUAAUGCCAGAAAGGGGUGGGAUGCUAUUGAGUGGAUAAUUCAAAAUUCUGAAAGCGCUCUAAGCUAGCAGUUCUCCACACCUGCAGUUUGUACUAACUAGUGGGUCGAGAUGCCCUGGAGUGGGUGAUCAGCAAACUAAACACAGAACUGGAGGAGCUGAAAUCAACGCGCGAGGGCGUGAAACCAGCCAUGGCAGCGGCAUCGGCAGAAAAAUAAAAGCCAAAAGUACCAAGUAACUGACAGAAAAAAAAUUACUCUGCCGACUGCUUUCUAGAUCUCCCUUCCAAGGCUGAUCUGCGUAGUUUUUAUAUAUUUGUAAGAAUAUUAGGAUCAGCGGAAAAGUAACCUCAUCUUUCAUCUCCACAGCAGCUCCUGUGGCCUACUGAAGGCUGAACUGACCUCCUGCAGAUGCUCUUUUCAUGUAAACGAUUUCUUUUACACACUGGAAACACAACAUUUAGCACAUUUAAAACUGCCUAAAUGUGCCUUGUAUAACAGAGGUUGAGAGUAUGUUGUAUUUUACACCAUCUCGGUUUUUCAUACUGAAACUUGCAAAGAACUUGUGUUUAUUGAGGGUUCUUCACAUGAGCAUUUGUUCUGUGAAGGGCCCAUAGGUACUAGGGCACUGAAUUGUGUUUGUUUUGUAACCUGGCAGCGCCUUGUAACCAUGUAAAGGGAACUACGUGAGGCAGGACAUGAUACUCUAGAGUAAGAUAUCUAUCUAGAGAAUCAUCCCCAAAAGCUAAGACUUAUGUGAUACUAACUCUUCUUACGUUGUCUAAAUGUGCUGUCUGAACGUGACGGAUGCUUUACCUCUUAGAUGUUGAUAUCCCAACAAAGAUAAAGUUUCCAUCGAUGUUUGAUGUUAAUAGCCUAAACAGAUGGUUGUUUUUUUUCUUUUGGGGGGAGGUUGUAAUUUAUUUUCCUAUUUAUUAACUUUCCCUAGUUCCUCCCCUCACUAGCAGAAGAGGAGUGGUAAUUCCUGGAAGGUGCUGGAAAACACUUCUCUUAUUUACCUGUAAGAAGGGUACUUGUAGGCUACUUGAAUGAAGAGGCUGUGCUGUUCCACUGGUCCUUGCUCUUCACGUCAUGUCUUAACUGAGGAAAAGACUGAUGCAAUCAAUAACCAGAAGAGUUGAAAUAAGCAGGAAGUUGGAAAUCCGAAGGGUGGUGUUGCAUAAACACGUGUUUUUCACAUCCUAAAAGGAGAAAACAAAGAGUACAAGACAAACACACGGACUCUCCUUUCUGAGUGCUUUCUACGAAGUACUGGCUACUAGUGGAACUGAGUUUUUCAACACUUUGCCACAUUGGUACAAAUGUUUUUAGAAUUCUUUUAACUGCUUCUCAUUAUCUGGAAAAAUACUGUGGUAACUGUUGAAAUUGCCUCUCUUAAAAUAUACAGAAACAGAUAUUAGAACUGGGUACCAGCCUUUGUCCGAAGUUCACAAAACUUUCCUGUUUGGUCAGGCAUAGUAUAUAUUUCUUAGACAGCCCUCUGUUGGGGCAUUUUAAAUUAUUUUGUGUGCACACAAACUGAAAUAAAUGUUGCAAGGAUGUUUACUUGUUCAAGUGGCAAACCAUGUGUUUAGGAAGGUGUUAAAGAGCAUGAGUAACUUCUUU